CUCAUAAUUUCCUUGUAGACGUCGGUCUGGAUGAUGAAGACUUGUUUAUAGGUGUGUUCUAUUCUAUUGUAAAUAAUAUUUAUGACUAAGAUUAUUGAUACACAGGUUGAAGUACAACUAAGUAUUAUCUAAAUACACACAGAGUAGGUCUGACCUGUUUAUCUAAUCAAGAUGGUGUUGAUACAUUUUAAUGUGUUGAUUUCAUCUUUGUGUAUUUUCUGCUUUUUAAAAAAAGUAACGAGUGAAUGUCCACCAGUUGGUGAUUCAGAUGAAACAGUUGUAAAAAUUUAUGAUUACAUCGAUAUGGAAAAUUAUGACAGGAAUUAUUCUUCAUACAAUAAUGAUAGACGACCAUUAGGUUAUGAUAAAGCUACAGUAUAUUUUGAUAAAACAGACCAUCCUGAUCCAUGUAUUAAAGUUACUAACGCUGCUGGUAGAAUGUUUGAAGUCAUGAUUGAAACUGUGCCAUCAACAAAAAUAUGUGUGAAGGAAAGGAAAAUUGAUGAGCCCCUGUGUGAUGAGGGUUUUUUACGUAAAUGUAAUACAGCAGUUGGUAAUACAGUAUACGUGGAAUUAUUAUGUGAUAAUUGUGAAGAAACGGAUGUUGAUAUGUGGUACAGAAUAAGAAUGAGUGAAGUUGGUGAUAACGAUAUUGAAAACUGGUGUUCAGUUCUCGAAACAGAAUAUCCAAGUAAUCUUUUGGUUGGAAAUUUACCGCCAGGAAAAAAUCCAUUUCAAAAGAAAGAUGACGGAGAUAAUGGCAGUUCUUAUGUAAAAGUAAAUUUAAAUGUCAUGGUGUUUUUGGUGAUGAUUGUAUUAGUAAAGAUAAAAUUUUUACUGGAGUAAAUAACCUUGUGUUCAUAUACAAACUGUAUUGUCACUAAGCACAAAAUUAUUUAAUUAUGCACCAGACUACAUUUCAGUUGAAUUGAAAUCAUAUAACUAUGCACAAAACUGCAUGUCAGUCGAAUUCAAAUUUAAUCUUUAUUGAUGAUGGAAAUCCAUAUUAAGUAUUUUUUUAAUAAUUGACAACUUUAAUAACUAUUAGAUAAGCCUACUGUCUUGGUUUAUCAGGGUAUAUUAAUAUACGGGGGGUUGGAUGGCAGAAUGGUUAGCAUGUGCGUGCUGUAUCAUACAGCCUGUCAUUGAUUCAACUGGCGUGGUUUUGAUUCCCCGGUUGUACGUGACAAGGAGUAGGAUCACCUGUCCAACCUCGUGGGUUUUCUCUGAGUCCUCCGGUUUCCUCCCACUGCUAAAGACCCCUACGGGCAAGCGAAUUAAUGAAAUAAAAUUAACCAUAUGUUAGUCCCGAAAUGACCUAGUUUGUGUCGAAUGGACGUUAAACCCCAUUUCUCUCUCUCUCUCUCUCUCUCUCUCUCUCUCUCUCUCUCUCUAUAUUAAUAUACAACGUGUACGUUGUGUCACUGUGCAAUGUAUGCCAUUUAGAAGUAAGUCCCUAAUAUAUAUACCCCCAAUUUUGUACUCUAAAUACAUGUACCUUAUGAAGGGACAAAAUCAAUCUCCUUAUUACAAUAACACUCCUUAUUAUGAUAUAACACUCCUUAUUUACAAAAUCCCUCACCAUGUUCAAAUUGGGAUAAUUGUUUUUAGGAGAUCUCUUUUUAGUUAACCAGCAAAAAUAUAGAAUUGACAACAAAUUGAUACAAAAAUUAAUUCCUUUUUUUUUUUUCUCAACAAAACAUUAAAUUUUUAUAUAUUUACCAAGUUCAAAGUAUCCAACUCCAAGGUUGUUAAUGAGUACAGUAAUAGUUGACAGUAUUUAAUUUAUUCACCAUACAUGUAUUUCACUAAAACAUCGACAAUCACUAGUAUUUAGAGGAAAAUGGCAUAAGUUGUGUAUCUUCAUAUUAAAAUAAAUAUUUGUACGAAAAACUGUAGCACUAUGGCCCUUGAGACAAUUUUGGCUCUUUAUAAAAUUGUCUCUUCAAUUUGGUCUGUAAAGUCAAAUCAUAAGUACUAAAUGAACGUGGUUAUAGUUGUUUGUAAAAAACAGUGAUGUUUUAGUUAAAUUAUAAUCAUUGUCAAAAUAGUCCACAAAUUCUAGCUGUUUAUUGACCUAUGGUCGGUUGACCAAAAAUAGGUAAUGUUGCCUGUCUUGGUUGUGGGAAAUAUAGAGUUUUAUUCCUUAUAUGGCGUGGAAAUUCACGUCAAGGUUAUUAAAGACCUGGGAAAGUAGGGGGUAUAAAUUAGGGUGUAGGGGAGAGCUAGAUUAGAGCUCACCCAGAGAUUCUUACCAGUCAUUAUAUAUUUGAGAACGAGGAACCUGCAAAGUUAUUUCCAGUUUACUAAUAAAGCUGUGAAAUCAUUGUUGCUGUAGUAAUAUUUACGAUCACAAGGAACACAACAAAUAAAGAAGUCCGGUAGUACUACAAAACAUUCAUUCGGAAACCCAAUUAAUAGUGUGUAUCUGUGUUCAGAUGUCUUUACGGAGGAUAUGUGUUUUAAAAAGAUGACAAUAGAUCAUUAAAAAUUUCAAAUUGAAAACAAAUUCUAUAGUAUUGAGAGCCCAUUUGAAAGUAUAAUAUUUUUAUAUAUUUACCAAGUUCAAAGUGUCCAACUCCAAGGCUGUUCUUCAGCCAUUGAAAUAGAUUACUUCAUACAGGUUAUUUCUGAAUUGACAGUUGGAAACAAGUAAAGCCUUCUCCCUGUUUAAAACCCUGCUGUCUCUCUGUUAAACACUCCCCCCUAUGCAAAACCCUUCUCACUGUGUAACCCCCCCCCCCCUCCAUCCUACUCUAUAAUCCCUAUGUGAAAUCAUUCCCCCAAAUUAUUUCCAGAUGGAUCAGCUCACUAUAUAGUUCUAAUAACUUAAAAAAGAGUUUUGUACACAUACAUAUAGUUUCAUGAUCUGAUUUUUUUAUACAUUGAAUUGAUAUUUUAUUUAAAUUUCAUUAAGUAUUUUAGCAGUCGAACUGUAUCUGUAAAUAUAUAGGAUCCUACUAAAAUAUCUGGGGAUUUUAAAUGUUGUUCAGGCCUGGAAACUAAACUUAGUUUUAUUUUUGAAUUGAUUCCCAAUAAUUGAUUUUUUAACAUAACAUUCAAUAAGCUUAUAUCCUAUUUAAAGAAGGCUGGUCCUUUUUGUUUUUAUAAAAUAUCACACAUUGAAUUUAUUGUUAUUGAAUAUAUUUUUUAUGUCAUUCCAAAACUGUUUUUACAUUUACAUAAUUUUGAUUCCAUUGCACAGAUCUUAUAUAUCUAUGGAUAUAUUACUGAUAAACUCAUUAUCUAAUUCCUUUCUUGUGCUCACAAACCUGUUAAAGUUUGAUUAUUUUAGUUUGAAAUGUUGUUACAAUUGUGAUGCAAAUUAGAUAUGUUUAAAAGAAGUACAUGUAUAGUAUAAUUUGUCAUUUUACCUAAUAAUGUUAAUUAUCCGAACAUUGAUAUGUAUAUGUACAUAAAAGUUUUAGAAAAACUUAUAUUAACUUUAUUAUAAAUUAUAUCAACAUUAUCAUAAAUUAUAUCAACUUUAUCAUAAAUUAUAUCAACUUUAUCAUAAAUAUUCACUUCAUUAUUAUUAUUAUUAGUUUGUUUAUUACUCAUUGAUGCAUAAUAUGGUCAAUUUGAUAUUACUUGUUGUGUGCAGUCAUAUCUCCUAAAUUUGUUUUCAUUUUUUUUCGGUGACAAAAUAAAUUGCAAUUUACCAACUUUUUAAAAAUAAUAAA